ACGUGCGGCGGUGUGAGACGAGCCGCGGAGAGCGCGUCAAUCAGCCCAGUCUAUCUGGAACGAAGAGAAGACGCAGGCAUGUCGUCGUCUCGGUGGCAACCGUCCGGUGCUGCGAUCGUCGUCAUCGUGCUGCUGUUCUUCGACCCGUGGGCGAACCAACUCGCUCUCGGCGCGAGUGUGGCGCCCAAACGCACUGCGUUGGAUAUCAUCUGCGACCUCCCCCCGGAUGUGAACGACCAGCUGAGGAACACUACUAAGAAAUGCGAAGAAAUGUUUCCGCAAUCGGUUGCCAGCUUGAGUGACCACAGGAAUAACGAAUGCCUGAAGCAAGUGGCCGGGCCCGAGGCCAACGAACAAAGACCCCGGGACGUCUUCUGUGCGCAGCGGCGACUCUUCCAACCAUACAUCGACUGCGUGAUGAAAACUCAGAGGGACAUGCUGAAGGCCUACGCCAAGCUUUCAGCGACGGAACUGCGGGCUGUUCGCGAUGGACUUGUAUGCAUGCUGACAACGUGGAAUGAGCUGCUCCGUUCUUAA